UACAGACAUAGAAGCCAUGUUGAUAUUUUCCUUCUUUUUUCGUCAUGUACCGACUCACAUGUAUUUGAGAACGAGAAACGAUUACGAAGGAAACCACGAGAAAUAUGGUGGUCUCAAAACGUUUUUAGUUGGUGUUCUGUAAUCUUGCAGAUGUGGUGAAAUUUUACAAAUGUUAAAGUGUACCAUUUGAAAUCUAUUGCAAGCUCGGGAGAAAACCUCGGAAAUGUCUUCAAUGCAUUUUGUGGUUCAUCCAUUGCCUGGAACAGAAGAUCAAUUGAUAGAUAGACUCAAAGAAGUAGCUGAGAGAUGGAACAGAUAUGGCACUGGAGCCGGGUCUUCGGCACUGAGCUCAUUGAGAGGAGUGCGUGCCGUGGCAGCCGGACCGGCCCAUAUCGCGUGUUUGCUUGAGGAUGGCACCAUAUGCCGUGCUGCGUUCUCCAUCAUACCGGAUAGAUUGGAUUUGAGCAAAGCCGAUGCCAGCAAAAAUGGAGGCAACGGCGGCGGUGGCGGCGGAGGCGGCGGCACUGGUGGGGGGAAGCAGGGCGGCAGCGGUGGUGGUGGCUGCGGCUCUAGGCAGCAGCCGCAGACUAGAGCUCGGAUCAUGAGGAGGAAUUCAAUCCGUGCUGCACCUAGUUCACAAGGCUCAACCAGCCGGGCGGCGGGUGUCAUAAUUGGGGCUUCAGGAUCAGGACGAGUGGUAUCGGUGCCAGCUCCGUUUGUUCCCGAAGAUCUAGUUACACAAGCACAGGUUGUGCUACAAGGCAAAAGUAGAAGCCUUAUUAUCAGGGAAUUACAGCGUACGAAUUUGGACGUGAACUUGGCGGUCAACAAUCUGCUGUCGCGCGACGACGAGGAAGGCGAGGAGCCCGAAGGCGGCGAGGGCGGCGACGGCUACGUGCCCGAGGACCUCAUCUCGCUGCUCGACGGAGGCUUCCACGCGGCGCAGCAGGACCACUCCGUCAUCAUCGACGCGGAUGCCAUGUUCUCCGACGACAUCUUCGGGUACGCCGCCAUCAGAAGCCGUAGCGGGGGCGGCGGCGGCGGCAGCAGCGGUCGCGGGGCCGCAAGUCGCGAAAGCAGCAGUUCCGCUCAGGAGCGGCCUUCGGAGUUCAGUCGCUGGCGCGAGAGGCAAUACUUCGGCCCUCGCCGGUGGCUGGAGUCCGCUCUCCGUGACACCUCUUGGGAUAAAGACGGCGGUGAAAGCAAAAAGAAGGACUCUCUCAUGGCAGCUUCGCCGUUGUGGGUGUCUGAAGAGCUGGAGUACUGGGAUAGCAACAUUCGCUUCACUCACAUAGCGGCUACGUACAGCGAGCUGGUAGCCGUGUCCACUCAGGGACAGUUGCAUCAGUGGCGUUGGGCUGACGCUCACCCGUACCAACGCAACGAUGCGUCUGGGUCAAACCCGACAUACCAUCCCCGCGCUAACUGGCUGGGCUUGGCUGCCGGCGAGCGCAUUAUAAACAUCAGCGCUGCCGGAAUACGCGUUUCGGUACUCACUGACGCUGGCAGGGUUGCCACUUAUCUUGACGAAUCUAUUGCACAUGCCCCAGGUGCCUCGCGCUUGGAGCACCCACUUCAGAUAUUCUCUGAGUUUGGAUCAGACAAACCCAUAUCUCUGCAUGUUUGCUCACUGUAUACUGUCGCAAGAUUGGAUUCUGGUGCACUGUUUUGGUGGGGUGUACUGCCGCUCGGGCAGCGGGCUCGGCUGUGGGAGAAGCACCGCGCGCGCUCCCGCAAGCAGCAGCGCGGGCACUCGUCGGCCGCGCCGCAGGACCUGCAGGCCGGCCAGAGCGUCACCAUGAAGAACGCGCCCAUGUACCAGCCCGGCGCCGUCGGUUUUAACAUGUCCACCGGAGUGCCGAAAGUGGGCGUCCUGCAGAAUGCUGCAUGGAAUCUAUCUGACAUGUGCCGCUUCAAGCUGCUGCCUCCGCCGCAGCCGGAGCGCUCCGUCUCUGAAAAGGACAAGAGAGAUCUCCAGAACCAGUCGCCGCUGACCGUCUCGUCAGUGAAGGCAUCCUCGUCGGGAAGCAGUAAGGACGCAGGCAAGGACAGCAAUAAGGACAUGGCCGAUCGCCUCGACAUGCCGCCGCCGCCCAGCCCUGCUUCAUCCACCUGCAGCGAUACUAGCACCUCGCACAAACGUGCCAAGCGUGUGACCGUUCGCGGCGAAGAGGGCUCUUCAAACGACGGAUCGAAGCGCGACGAAGAGGAAUGGCCUCUCAAAGAGGUCGUGUUCCUUGAGGACGUCAAGAGCGUGCCCCUCGGACGUGUGUUGAAAGUUGACGGAGCGUACGCUGCUGUUCGCUUCCCGACAGUGGGCAAAGACGGCAAGGAGGUCGUGCCGUCGACUCCUGAUGACUGGACUGCAUUGUUGCAAGACUGCAGGCUUGUGCGCAAAGAUGACUUGGUGGCGGUGAAAUGGGGCGCAGGCGGCGCGGCCGGCCCGAGAGGCCCAGAUUGCCUUCAGCGCUCGCCUAGGAAGAUCGCGUUGCCGCCUGAAGUGCAAGUGAUCACUAUUGCUGUUGACAGUCGCGGUGUUCACGCCGUAGUGCGUCGCCCAGGAGGGGCGCUAGCUUACGCUGUAUAUGCGGUGGGAACCACCCGCGCUCUGACUGAUAGCACCUUCCCCACCGAUCACAAUGCUCUCCUCGGGUACUCUAAUGGGCAAGCGAUACAACUGGCGACUGCUGCUGAGGGUAGCGAGCCAGUAGUCAUUAUGCUGGACGGCAACAGCGCCCUAUACCCAGUGGCGCGCGACUGCGUGGGCAUGGUCCGCGAGCCGCCGCCAUUGAAUCUACCACCUGCGCGCGCUCUCACUGCGCACGCGUUGCCGCUGCAUCCACAUUCGGCUGCCCAUGCGCAUCACGCUGCGCUCAAGUCACAGGUGGCCCUUAUAAUCAUCGUGCCGGAACCGCAGCUGAUGAUGCCACGAGUACUACGUUGCGAUCUUGACGGCGUCCGUCAACUAUUACACCAGUUGGAAACGGAUGCAAACAAGCAACAAAUCCUUUCGAUACUGCAAGAGCGCUGCGACGGCAAUAGAAACAUCUUGCAUGCGUGCGUUCACAUGUGCGCCCCUACGUCCAACAAGGAGCCCGAUAUAGCAGAAAAUCCUUCUAUGCCCAAUUUGGCUGGAAGCACGGGUGGUAGCGCCAACGCCGAAGAAGCUGUACCCGCUCUGUCAUGGCCGCCGGAGACUUUCGAAACCUCUGGCGAUGAAGACAGCCUGAUGGGACUCACUAACAAUGGGAAAAUGUCUAGCGGGGGCAACUCAGGUGGGGCCUCCGUAAGCGCGGACCCGGCCGAGCGACGCGGUAACGCGCUUACAGCUCUGCGUGCGCUGUGCGAAAGCGCUGCGCUGCAGCCGCAUCUGAUGCAGCUACUUACUGCCAAGGAUGGUAUGGGUCAAACGCCCCUAAUGGCGGCCGUAGCCGAACGUGCAUACCGUGCUGCCCUAGUUUUGCUUGACGCGAUUCGCGCAUGCACCGAUGCUGACGAGACGCAGCGCUCGGCGGCCAUAUUCCCACCGAAUGCUCACCCCGAUCAUUCGCCGCUGCUCGUGCUGUGCUGCAAUGAUACCUGCAGCUUCACCUGGACUGGGCAGGAGCAUAUCAACCAAGACAUUUUCGAAUGCAAGACAUGUGGACUCACUGGAUCUUUGUGCUGCUGCACUGAAUGUGCCAAGGUGUGCCACAAAGGACAUGACUGCAAACAAAAGCAGACGUCGCCCACCGCUUACUGCGACUGCUGGGAGAAAUGCCGCUGCAAAGCACUCGUCGGCGGCAACUGGGCUGCUCGCUGCGACUUGCUGGCCCGUCUGGCUAGAGACACACAGCUCGCUACACACUUCAACUCUAGGGGAGAAUCGAUCCUCCUAUUCCUUGUGCAAACCGUCGGGCGUCAAGCUGUAGAACAGCGCCAGUUCCGCGCAGGCGGUGGGCGCGGCCGCGGCCCGCGCAAGCAGCCCGGCUCCGACGCCGAGGUCGAUGCCCCCGACCACGACCUGGAACCACCUAGAUUCGCUCGCAGAGCCCUCUUGCAUUUACUCGGUGACUGGCCAGCAGUAGAAGCCGCAGUGAUGUGUGGCGCAGCCGUUAGCGGCGAAACUGACAGUCGGCCCGCUAGCCCGGUUCCCAACCAAUCUGGAACCACUCUACUUGACAAGUUCACCCACGCGCUCAUCGUGAAGUGCACUAACGAGAUGUUAGACACCCUGCUGCAUACAUUGAUUCGUGAGCAACAAAACGAGACCAUACCCGGCCGUGCCGAGCGUGCUCGCGAAGUAGCGCGUCGAUUCGUACGUUCAGUCGCGCGUAUAUUCGUCAUAUUCAGCGUUGAAAUGGCGCCGGGAGCCGCAAAGAAGAAGGGACCUCUCUCCAUCACAUCGUCCCUAGUCCGUUGCCGCCGUGUAUUCGCUGCUCUAGUAGCGUUAGCAGUUGAAGAGUUAGUUGAAGCUGCAGAUUCGCUCCUAGCUCCCGUGCGUUUGGGAGUUGUGCGCCCGACGGCGCCUUUCCCACUCGCUAACACUUACGUGGAACUAGUGAAUGGCAGUGAGGAUCUAUUUGGCGUUGAGCCAUUGUCUACGGGGCAUUCCCGACACAGUCACACUCGCAGGGAAUCAAGCGCAGCUGGUGGUCGCGGCGCUGCCGCUGGCGGUACCUCCAUGGGUAGUUCGACACUGGUGCCGGACCGCUCGUCCACGCCCGUAGCGACGGAGUACGCUGAUGACGUAGCGGGCGAAGCCUUGGGCGGUGACGAUGACGCGUCCGAAACUGAUGAGCCGAACGCGCCCGCUCCUGUGCCCGCGGCCGAUGCUCAGCAUCAUGAUGACCCUAUGGGCGACAGAGGGCAAGAACAACACGUAGUGGUUGAGAACGGCACUGAGCGCGCCGAAGGUGGUGAGAGCGAGAGUGAGUUGGACUUGCUGGCUGAAGUGGAGACUGAAUCCGACUCCGACGAUCAAGACAACGCCGAGUCUGCCCAGCGAAGCGUGCAGACUGGCGCUACGCAAGGAUCUGACGCUGGCAUAGCCUCGCUGCUGCUGUACCCAGACGAAGAGAGCGGCGACUCCACGCAGCCCGAGGACGAAGACUCCGAGGCGGGAGAGACCGAUGAGCAGGACGGCGAGACCGAGCCGCCUCUACAUGACGGCGAGCCGCUGGAGCGCCGCACCGCGCCGCCAUCGCGCCCUAACCUCGCGCCGCAUUCGAUGCAAUGGGCUAUUCGGUCCCGCGAGACGAACCGCGGUACUAGUGGCACUACCGGAGGCGUUCGCCUGUCCGGAGGCUCCUCGCUGGUGUUCAUCGACCCGGCGUCGCUGCGGCGCUCCACCGCCGCGGCCGCCGCGGGCGCUCACGACCCUCAUUCCACCUCCACCACUGCUUCGUGUUUGGCGCGGGCCUUCGGUAUUGUCAUCCGUCAAAUUGCCGACCUACUCUGGGAGUAUGAGCGCGUGACCCUUCCGCUGCCACGCAUGGUGCCACUGGCGUACCGCGAGGCUCUUCGCCUGCAGUGUUAUUUGGAAAGGCAACUCAAGAACACCUGGGACUGGCUAGUCACUGUAAUGGACGCUACUGAAGCUCAGCUAAGAUUCGGCGCGUCGCUGACAACCAACAACGCUAGCACAUCGAGCACGGAUAGCGGGAGACCUAACGCGCCGGCCGCUAGGCGUGUCACGUCGUUCUCUUCGCCCGCUACCCGCAUCAUUGGGUUCUCAGAAGGUCCUAGGGCAAGAGAUCGCGAACAAGGUGUAGAAGCAGGCAGCGCCCGCCGCGAGUUCCUCGCAUACUGCUUGUCUCUACUGCGCGCUCACAGCUCGGAGCACGCCGAGCAGUUGCCAGUACUGGACGUGGCCGCGCUCAAGCACGUGGCCUACGUGCUGGACGCGCUCGUGUACUACAUGCGCGCCGCGCAGCCCCAGCCGCACCACCACCAGCAUCUGUGGACCUCCGAGCACGCCGAGCAGUUGCCGGUACUGGACGUGGCCGCGCUCAAGCACGUGGCCUACGUGCUGGACGCGCUCGUGUACUACAUGCGCGCCGCGCAGCCCCAGCCGCACCACCACCAGCAUCUAGUCCACUGCCUGUCGCUGCUGCGUGCUCACAGCUCCGAGCACGCCGAACAGUUGCCGGUACUGGACGUGGCCGCGCUCAAGCACGUGACCUACGUGCUGGACGCGCUCGUGUACUACAUGCGCGCCGCGCAGCCCCAGCCGCACCACCACCAGCACCUGUGGACAGUCGACUGCCUGUCGCUACUGCGAGCUCACAGCUCCGAGCACGCCGAGCAGUUGCCAGUACUGGACGUGGCCGCGCUCAAGCACGUGGCCUACGUGCUGGACGCGCUCGUGUACUACAUGCGCGCCGCGCAGCCGCAGCCGCACCACCACCAGCACCUGUGGACGCCGGAUGAAAAUGAGAACGAAGAGGGCGACGAGGAGAUGGUAGUCGGCGGUGGGGCCGCCGCAGAAUCAGACAGCGAGGGCGACGGCGCCCGCGGCCGUGGCCACGCCUUCUUCCAGAGGUCUGAUUCCACGCUCUGCCUGGGAUGCCCACCGCCAGACCCAUUCAAUAUGACGAUGCAAGAUGCUCUACCGCUGGCGGAUCAGCCGCAGCUACUCCAACCGAACGCGCGGCGCGAGGAGCUGUUCGGAAUGCCGCGCCAGCCUGUCACCGUGCCGGCUAGUGGCGACGCGCCGCCCGGGGUCAACAACCCACUUGAAGUGGUCCCAAGGCGUUUGGGCUUAUCGACGCGAGGAACCGACCGUGGCUGGUCUCCACCGGCGCGACCCGCUUCAGCCCCACCGACCCAUUCACACACUUUGACCAGAGACGAACCACAGGACCUGUCCUGUGCUAAAGAUACAACAACUAAAAUGGAUAUAGACACAGAUGGUGAAUAUUUGUCAGAUUCAGAUUCAAAUGAAGCCAGACAGAUUCCAAGGAAAAAGCAUCAUAGGCACCCACAUUCAAUGGCAAUGUCUUCAGGCAGUAGUUCUAUGCAAGACACAAGUUCCCAACCAUCAGAGUUCCACACAUUGGUCAAUACUGCCUGCUCGAUCAUAGAAGCGCCUCACGAGCAAGCCAUAGCUGCUUCACCAUCACCGGGCCCUAGCAGCAGCGGAGGCUCGGGCGAGCCGCGCGCGUCGUCCUCGCGCAGCCCUGGAAAGACUGUUAUUGUACGUGCUGGUGAGUUGUUGAGUGCCGCAGACCCGCUCGAAUCUCAGGAGAUAUCCGCGCACGUGACGGUGGAGACCACAGGCCUGCCGCCGCCGCCGCUACUGCCGCCGCUCAGUGCACCCGCACCACCACGCGCGUGUCCCUCUCUCGGCGCCUCCGUGUCCCACGACCUACUACUAGGCCGCUGGCGCUUGUCCCUGGAUCUCUUCGGGCGCGUGUUCACCGAGGACGUGGGCCUGGAGCCCGGAUCUGUAGUAGCCGAGCUGGGCGGCUUCCCCGUCAAGGAGGUCAAGUUCCGCCGCGACAUGGAGAAGCUCAGGAACUCGCAGCAGAGGGACCUGACGCUACACAAGAUGGAGCGUGACCGCGCGAAAUUGCUGCAACAAACGUUCGCUGAGCUGAACAGUGCGUUCGCGGGGCAGAACCGCCGCGCCCACAGUGCUCAACCACCGCUGGCAGUCAAUCGCGUCAAGGUCACCUUCCGCGACGAGCCCGGUGAAGGCAGUGGUGUCGCUCGGUCGUUCUACACUAGCGUUGCAGAGGCGUUACUAGCAAACGAAAAGCUGCCUCCGCUCGAACCGACCACUGGCAGCGGAAGCAGCAACAGUAGUGCCAACGGCGCGUCGGGGGCGGCCGGCACCGCUGCCGGCGGAGCUAGCAGCAAUAGUGGAGCUAGUCGAAGUGGCGCCGGUCGCGCGCGUUCCAAGGACACCACGAGACGCACGCCCGGCCGGCCCGCGCCCAGGCCGCCGGCGGCUCGUGAACCGAGACGAGUGCUCAGCAUAGACGCCAGGCCGUAUUCACCACAGGCUGCACCGGGCACAGAAGGUGCUGGUUACAGCGGGGAAAGACCAGUAGGACACAAUGAACAUCUCACACUUCAUCAGGCACAACUUGGCGAACGAUUAUAUCCAAAGGUUCACUCGCUGCACCCGACGUUCGCGGGCAAGAUAACCGGCAUGCUGCUGGAGCUGACGGCGGCGCAGCUGCUCGUGCUGCUGGCCAGCGAGGACGCGCUGCGGCAGAAGGUGCGCGAGGCCAUGGACCUCAUCGUCAUGCACCCCUCCGAGGCGAUACUCGAUCUGGACGUAUUCUCACUAUCAGAGCGCGGCGGCGGCGGCGGCGGCGGUGGCGGCGGCGGCAGCGGCGGCGCGGGCGCGGGCCCGUCGGCGCAGAGCGCGCCGCAGGACGACGCCGCGCCGCUGUUCUACUCGCCGGGCAAGCGCGGCUACUACUCGCCGCGGCAGGGGCGCGCCACGCCGGAGAGGAUCAACGCUUUUAGGAAUGUCGGCAGAAUCGUGGGGCUGUGCCUGUUACAAAACGAGCUGUGCCCGAUGUUCCUCAACCGGCACGUGCUGAAGUACCUUCUGGGGCGGCCCGUGCGCUUCCACGACCUGGCCUUCUUCGACCCCGUCGUGUACGAGAGCCUGCGCCAGCUCGUCGUGGACGCGGAGACGGGCGACUCGCACUCGCUGUUCGCCGCGCUGGAUCUCAACUUCAGUUUGGAAAUGUGCGAGGAGGAAGGCGGCGGCUGCGUGGAGCUGGUGGCGGGCGGGCGCGAGCUGGAGGUGACGGCGCUCAACGUGUACGACUACGUGCGCAAGUACGCGCAGCACCGGAUGCUGCUGUCGCAGGAGAAAGCUUUAGAGGCAAUGCGUGUCGGUGUUCUCGAUGUGCUGCCCGAGUCGGCGCUGGAAGGGUUAACGGCUGAGGACCUGCGCCUGUUGCUGAAUGGAGUGGGCGACAUCAACGUGGCGGCGCUAGUGUCGUACACUAGUUUCAAUGAUGAAAGCGGGGAGCCACCGGAGCGGCUCGCGCGCUUCAAGCGCUGGCUCUGGGCCAUUGUGGACAAGAUGACGCAUCUGGAGAGGCAGGACUUGGUGUACUUCUGGACCGGGUCGCCCGCGCUGCCGGCGUCCGAGGAAGGCUUCCAGCCGAUGCCGUCGGUGACGAUCCGGCCGGCCGACGACGCACACCUGCCCACCGCCAACACCUGCAUCUCACGUCUGUACAUCCCGCUCUACUCCUCACGCCACGUGCUCAAGCACAAACUCCUGCUCGCCAUCAAAACUAAGAACUUCGGUUUCGUCUAAAUGAUCGCUGCCAUUGUUAUUAUAUAUUCCUUUAGUUGUAAGCCCAGUUAUGUAAGACUGUCGUUAUGUUCCAAACGGCUCAUCCGGCUGGGAUGAGCGACGCUAUUUUAUGGAAGCCAUAACCCUCCUCUUAGAGUAAAUCUAUAGGUACUUACUAGUACGCAACUUACACAGCUGUAUGUUUUGUAUUUUUCUUUAUGCAUGUUUGUCAAUGCGUUUACAUGACUGGGUAUAUUUGACUGAAUAGUAAUAUUCAAUACGCAGUAAUAUUUCGUUCAAGGAGAGUAACCGUCGGAAAGGUCUGCACAAGUACAUGUAAUUUUUAAACUUUUAAGCUCAUAGACCAUAAGUAUUUAAUUGAUGAAGAACGAUACAUAAAUCAUUAUUGCAGAACGAUCUACAGAUUACUAGUUGAGUAUAAUCAUAAAUCAUUACGUAUUUACUUUUCUAAAUUCAUUAUUUAACCUUUCUACACUUAUUGAAGUAAUGGCCUAAUUUAACUAAUUGCAUUUGUUUGCUUGUCUCGUUUAUUUAUUAUCGGACGAAAGUUAAAAGGCAGCGUGACUCAUGAAUAUUCAAAAAUAUUUUUAACUGUUUAUAUAGCUUUGUUAUAUAGUUAAAAUUAUAUAAGAUAAAUAAUAAUAUGAUGGGGUAAUACUGCUACGUCAUGGGUAAGCUUGGGCAGAGAGGCGUUAGAUCCGAGCUGCGGUGGUUUUGUGAUAUCAGAGGAAGUAUUUAUGCGCCUCAAUUUCUAAAUUUAAGUUUAUAAUUAGAUUUUGACUUUGAUUAGUUGUAUUAAGGUUCAUAAUAAACAAUCUCAAAAUGCUUAAA